AAAGAACAGUGACGUCUAGUGACAUUCUCUACUCCAAGUCUAUCUCCAGGGUUCUGACAAGUGGUUUAGUUUAAGCUUACAUAGAAGACAAGAGGUAUGCCUAACUAAGCAGUCCUUUGUCAAGGUGUGGUCCCAGCCAUCAUCGGUUCAUUUCCAGUUUCUCUGGUAAUGUAGUCUGACAAGUUUUCGGAACUGUGAAAUGUCUUUCCUGGAGUCAAGUUCCCCUGUUGACUGCCAUCUGUGCCCUAGUCUUCUCCUUCUCCCAACAUGAGACUGCCAGGGAAACUGCGACCUCUGGAGAGUCCAGUGUUUUAAUAGUCUGAUUACAAACGGUCAUCCAUCAGGGUCUCUAGAGUAUCUUUAAUCCAGCCAGGAUGGUUAGAGGGCCGAGAUUGGAAGGGCUAUACCUACCGGCAGCGAGACAGCUCAUGCUUACUUCCGCAUGCCAGAGGAUGAGCUGGCUGAAGUCGGAAAUGUCCCGCCAGAAGGCAGGAUUCCUGUGGCCGCAGCUUGGCCGCAGCUAAACCGCCAUUGGCAAGUGGCAAGCGGAAGUUCUCCGAGGACACCAAUUCUCCUUGCAACCCUUUAAGUCCCACCCCUCUGGUCUAGGCGGCGUCUCCGUGGCGACAUGCUGCGAUGUGCGGCUGCGCAAGAGUGACGGGGCUCGGGCGAGUGGGAGGGGGUGUUUUGGUUCUCGCCGCUCGCCGUCCUUUCCAGACCUGGCUGUCGGAAAGCUGCUCGGUCCUGCUUUGCCUUCCCCUUCCCUUCCCUUUCCCGACCCGGAUUUUCCCUCCUUCCCUUUACGCGCCUUUCUUUGAUCGGCUGCCGCCCGGGGUCCGGGCCAUUUUCCGGGCCGGGCGCACGAAAGCGCGCGGCCCCGGGCCCGGUAUAUGAUCCGCCGCCCUGCCGCCCCUCGCUUCCUCCGCCCCAUGUGGCUGCGGGGCCACGGCGGCGCUGCCCACGAUGGCCCGGAAAGCAGUUAGCAGGAAGCGGAAAGCGCCUGCCUCGCCUGGAGCCGGGAGCGACGCUCAGGGCCCGCAGUUUGGCUGGGAUCACUCUCUGCACAAACGGAAAAGGCUCCCCCCGGUGAAGAGAUCCUUAGUGUACUACCUGAAGAACCGGGAGGUCCGGCUGCAGAAUGGAACCAACUACUCGCGGGUGUUACAUGGUUACGCAGCACAGCAACUUCCCAGUCUCCUGAAGGAGAGAGAAUUUCACCUUGGGACCCUUAAUAAAGUGUUUGCUUCUCAGUGGUUGAAUCAUAGGCAAGUGGUGUGUGGCACAAAAUGCAACACGCUUUUCGUAGUGGAUGUCCAGACAGGCCAGAUCACCAAGAUUCCCAUUCUGAAAGACCGGGAACCUGGAGGUGUGUCUCAGCAGGGCUGUGGUAUCCAUGCAAUAGAGCUGAAUCCUUCUAGAACACUCCUAGCCACUGGAGGAGACAACCCAAACAGUCUUGCCAUCUAUCGACUGCCUACAUUAGAUCCUGUGUGUGUGGGUGACGAUGGACACAAGGAUUGGAUCUUUUCCAUUGCAUGGAUCAACGAUACUAUGGCAGUGUCUGGUUCACGGGAUGGUUCUAUGGGACUCUGGGAGGUGACAGAUGAUGUAUUGACCAAAAGCGAUGCAAGACAUAAUGUGUCACCAGUCCCAGUGUAUGCUCACAUCACUCACAAGGCCUUAAAGGAUAUCCCCAAGGAGGAUACAAACCCGGACAACUGCAAGGUGCGAGCCUUAGCCUUCAACAACAAGAACAAGGAGUUGGGAGCAGUAUCACUGGAUGGCUACUUUCAUCUCUGGAAAGCUGAAAAUACAUUGUCUAAGCUCCUUUCCACCAAAUUGCCAUAUUGUCGAGAGAAUGUAUGUCUGGCCUAUGGUAGUGAAUGGUCAGUGUAUGCAGUGGGCUCUCAAGCGCAUGUCUCCUUCUUGGAUCCACGGCAGCCAUCAUACAACGUCAAGUCUGUCUGCUCCAGGGAGCGAGGCAGUGGGAUCCGAUCAGUGAGCUUCUAUGAACACAUUAUCACUGUGGGCACAGGGCAGGGCUCCCUGCUCUUCUAUGAUAUCCGAGCACAGAGAUUUCUGGAAGAGAGGCUCUCAGCUUGUUAUGGGUCCAAGCCCAGGCUGGCAGGGGAGAAUCUAAAACUAACUACUGGCAAAGGCUGGCUGAAUCAUGAUGAAACCUGGAGGAAUUACUUUUCGGAUAUUGAUUUCUUCCCCAACGCUGUUUACACCCACUGCUACGACUCGUCUGGAACGAAGCUCUUUGUGGCAGGAGGGCCCCUCCCUUCUGGGCUCCAUGGAAACUAUGCUGGACUGUGGAGUUAAUGACAACUAACUUUCUCCCAAAAUGCAGAUUUACACUAACUUCCACCCUCGGUUUCCUGUCUUUUGAUUCCCCCACUGUGGAAGCUUUUCUGUGUAGUUCAGACAGCAGUUUGCCAGUUCAGGCAGUCCCUAGGAGGAAGCUAUGCGGAAACCCAAAAGGUGGGGCUUUUCUUUAGUUGCUUGGUGGUUUGUUGUUUUGGGGUUUUUGUUAGUUUGUUUGGUAGAUAUUUUUGUUGUUUCCCCUUUCAGUAAUCAGAAUGUAUCCCCACCUUCUGCUUUCUCAACCAAACAUUGUUACAAAUCCCUGUUUUAAUUUUUUCCUUAAGUGACACACCUCUCCUUUCUUUGGCUUCUUUACACUGAAAUGACAAGGUCAUUCUCACCCUUACUUCACUUGAGAGGUAGGGCCCCUUUAUAAUUAUGUGGUAGCUGUCAGACUUUCUGUGAAAGUUUGGGAGCCUUGUGUGUGUGUGUGUGUGUGUGUGUGUGUGUGUGUGUGUGUGUGUGUGCGUGCGCGCGUGUGUGUGCGCGUGUGCCUGGUGGUACUGUCACUGAUACUACUCGGAGUGAGGAUUAUCUGUAUUAAAGUAUUUAUAAAAGAAACAACUUUACUCAGAGUCCAGUUUAGGACUAGCCUGUAUCUUUUUUUAAAGUCUGACAUUGUAGGAAGUGAAAACUUAGAGAAACAAAUCCCACCAGGAAAACCCUUGGGUUAGAGUAGCAGCCUUGGGGGGUGGGGGGAGGCUUCAUGCCAGGACUCCACAGUGACCCACCCCUGCCUGUCCUUCCCACCCAUGUAUCCCCAAGAAAGAAUGCCUGUAUAUGUGUUACUUCCGCUUCCUAACCUCCUAUCUGCUUAGCCCAGGUCACUUGGCUAAAACAUCAGGUGCAUCUCUGGGACUGUAGAAGGCUUCCUGGUAGAGUAUCCUCUCCCCAGUCUCCUCCUGCCUCUGCUUGGGGUCUGAUCUGGCCAAGAGCAGGAAGUCUGAAGCUCGGCAUGGUGGCCAUUCAUAGUCCUAUGACUUACAGGGAACUGUUCCAUUCCUGGGGUUUUGCUGGUAUUUUCUAACUGGGUUCUGUUCAGGAAGGUGUGAUUUGUGGUGAGUGCUUUGUGUGGGGGCUGUCUGUUUUCUCAGUGCAGUGGAGCUUAGCAUUGGAGGUCACGCUCCUGCUCUGUUGGCUCAUCCCUGGGGUAGCAACAGGGUGGCUGUGAUAGCCUCACUGCAUGCAACAGCAUCGAUGGGAUUCGUACUUGGCGUGUUCCUCUCUUGAACUAUUUAUAUUUCGUCUGAGGCUUUUUAACUUGCAGGCAACUGAGCGUAAGCCAGUUGUUCUCUCCACACAUCAUGUCGGAAGGAACUUUUAUCCGCCCUAGUCCUGCUGAGGCGUGCAGUGCUGGUCUGGCAGCACCCAGGCCUGAGAAAUGAAGUCAUCGUCCUGCAUCCAGUUUCUCAGUCGCUCCCAGUUCUCCCAGUUUCUCUUUGUGUCAAGAGAGUGUCCUGAUAAUGGCAGGGACUGCUGGGGAAGGGAAGCGGCGGCCCACAUGACAGUACACAGCAUACGCCACAGGAUUCAGAAUCAUCAUCCUAUAAUCUACAGAAAUAGGUGCUAUGAACAGGAAAUUAAGCAAAAUGCUGGAUGCUAUGACUCUUUUGUCUUAAUUUUUUUUCUAUUAUUAAACUACAGGCUGUAGAUUUCUUAGUUCUCACAGAACUUGUCAUUUUAAACUGACUUGUAUAUUUAAAAAAAACAAAAAUCUUGAGUAGGAUGCUUUGUGCCGUGGCCAGACCGUCUCCUGUGAUGCAUUUGUUUGAGAUUUUCUGUUUUUAAAAUGUAGCAUUUGAAUUUUUGCCAAGGAAAAAUAAAUACUAUCCUAGUGCAGA